AUGAGCGCCCCCCUGCGACCGAGUUCAAGCAGAUGGCGGCGGGCGGCUUCGCUGGUGCUGGCUGCGGGCUGGGCGCGCCCAGGCCCCACCACCCAGUCGUUGCCACCGCUGCCCGACGAGGGCUUCCGGCUGCUGCUUCUGCAGCGCUCCCAGGGCCAGGGCUUUAUGCCUGGCGCGCACGUCUUCCCGGGCGGCGUGCUGGAUGCAGCCGAUCGCUCGGCCGACUGGCUGCGUCUGUUCGCGCCACACCACCUGCCGCCGCGCUUCGGCCUAAGCCCCAAAUCAGCCCCGCGCACCGCCUUCCCGGUGCUGCCCGGCUACGGGUCCGACGCGGACGCCGAGGCGCUGCCGGAUGACGUAGCAUUCCGCAUCUGUGCCAUUCGCGAGGCCUUCGAGGAGGCGGGGCUGCUGCUGCUGCGACCCCGCGGCUCCACGCCUGAUUCUGGGCAUGGGUCGGGGCUCCGUUCGGAACCUGGCUGCGCCCUCGCGCCACCGCCCGGCAUGGCCGAUUGGCGCGCUCGGGUCCAUAGCGACCCGCGCCACUUCCUGAGCCUGUGCGCGCACCUGGACUGCACGCCCGACAUCUGGGCGCUGCACGACUGGAGCACCUGGCUGACACCCUUCAUUCGCCCCGGCGGCCGACGCUUCGACACGGCCUUUUUCCUGUGCUGCCUGCGCGAGCCGCCAGCCACCUGCCCGGACGAGACCGAAGUGGUGAGCUGCCAGUGGUCAUCUCCAUCGGAAGCAACUCAAAGUUUCAUUUCAAAAGAAAUUUGGUUGGCACCCCCGCAGUUCUACGAAAUAAGAAGACUAGAAAACUUUGCCUCUCUCUCAGACUUGUACCAGUUUUGUUUGGAUCGUGGAUUAGAAGGGAGGGAAAGAUGGCUGCCGAUCUCACUCUUAGCUGCUGAUGGGGCACUCCAGCUUUUGCCAGGAGAUGAGCUCUACUUGGAAGAUUCAGACUAUUUAGAAAAGCCUUUAUCCACUGAGAAAAAGAUUGAAGAAAUCAUGAAGGAAGGCAAGACAUUUCACCGAGUAGUAUUGCACGAUCGCCAUCUUUAUAGUGUCCAUGUGACUGUUCAGCCCAAAUCUAAACAUGUGUACCCCAAGACCUAUGUAGUGGGUAAGAGUCGGAUGUAG